UGCCACCGGAAAUGCCACACCUAGUUGCCCAUGCCACGAUUUGAACUUGCUGUGUCUCGGGAGAGAGAGACAUCAGUUUGCGCUGUUCACGUGAGGAGCGAAUGAAUGGAGCCACGUCUUUUUUGUGUGCCCUUUAUGGGUAACAUUUUCCAGAAACGUGAAAUCUCCGUGGGUUGUAAACUACUGCUGGUGCUGUCAGUAACACUGAUGAGCAGAAACACCGAAGCCCUCCAGGUGAUUGGUGGAAGCGCAACAGUGGUGAAAGGAGAGACCGCUAUCUUACCCUGCAGACUCAUUGAGACCUCGGAGACCCUGACUCAGAUUACAUGGCAGAGGAGAACCAGAGAAAAACCUAAAAAUGACAACUUCUACACAAUCCAAUUGGAUGGACCCCAAUAUGUUAAUGGACCUGAUAAUCGAUUUAAGUUUAUUGGGAAUUUUUCUGACAAAAUUGGAUCUCUACAGUUGUCCAAUGUUCAAUUGAAGGAUGAAGGCAGCUACACGUGCAUCUUCACUUUGUUCCCCAGUGGAAAUCACAAGACAGAGAUACCUCUGAACCUGCUUGUGCCUCCAGUCACAAGUCUGAAGGGUGAUAAUUUAACUUUGGGUACUGGAGAAGUUUCUCUUGCUACCUGCACGGCUGCCGGCUCCAAGCCUCCUUCAGAGGUGACCUGGCUCACUGGUACCCUGGCAGUGAGGGUGACGACCAACUCCACCCAGCAUGACAACGGUACAAUGACCACAACCAGCUCACUGUUUGGAGUCCCUACCACAGAAAUCAAGAACCAAUCAGUUCAGUGUGUCAUCACAACAGCAGGCCUGCCUGAAAAACAAGUCCUGCCUUUGACCAUCCAAGUUCACUUCCCUCCCAUAGACGUGAUGAUCAUUCAACGUUCUGAAGACUCCUAUGAAUGUGUGGCCAACGCCAACCCAGAGGCAAAUUUCAUCUGGAGCAGGUCUGGUCAGUCUUUGCCUGAGUCUGAUAUUAAAGUUCAGGGUUCAACUCUGCAGUUUUUGAGGAAGACCUCUGAUCUGAAUGGGUUCUAUCAGUGUGAAGCUGUCAACCCGUAUGGAAGAAAACAUGGAGGUCAGCUCCACGUGUACAUGGAUUUUGGCUCCUACACUGCUGGCUGGACCUUAUUUGGUCUUCUGCUUUCCCUGAACAUUGUAGCCUCAGUGUGGUACUUUCGUAACACUCUAAUACAAAUACGUAAUACUCUACUAAGCAGAGAAGAAGGGACACAUGGAGAAAGAAACGCUGUUCCAAAAUCUCCUCCAAGCUAAUGACGGCGGAGAAGAGGAACCUCUUGGAGAGUCAAUUUGAAGAGUUGGACAACGUGGACACGUGUGGUGUUUCAGUUUAUAUUUCUUAGGUUGCUUAUUUUGUAUAAAAAGUGUUAUAAAUAAAUAUGUGUCUAAAGAUGA